AUGAGCUGGUAUCCAGACCAACAUGGACAAAACCAACAGCCCAGUUUCAAUCUGGGCGCGACCUUCGUUCCAGGCGGCUUUGACGACUACUACAUGCCGGCGCCUGCGCUGGAACUCGUCUCUCCAGCACCACAACGGAUCAUGCCGGAAGUGCCCGAGCAGAUCCAAGAUGGCAUCCAGCACUUGGAGCUCGAAGCGAACCAGGCCCGAACUGCUCCAGCGGCAGCGCCCACACAACCUCUCCCACAACAGCCGCGGAAUUAUAGUCAGCAAACUUCUGCCGCAGAAUACCACACUCCAAAUCAGCAUAGCAACGGAUCAUACAACACACCGGAUAGGCAUCCACAAAGACAAUCUAGCCUGACACAAUGGCAAGGCACAGAUAUUGCAGCACAACCUCAGACAGUGCCCCUCCGCGACUACAAGCAGACAUCCAAGCCUGCCGAUAUGCCGAACUUCUCUCCCUUCCCACAGAUAAAAAACCGCCGUCCCCACGUGGCGCCGAGCUACGAGGAACUUGAAGCCCAGCUAGAGAACGCACGUCCAAUGGUACUCAACACAAAUGACCCGGAGGUUCAGCUAGCUUGGGCACAGGAUGCGUUGGCUUACGUGGAUGUCUCGAUGCUCCAUGAGGAUCGCAUGGCGGAGAUACAGCCACGGAGAGCUGCUACACCUCGAGUAGAACAUCAGCUGCGGGUUGAUGCGAUGAACAUCGUUUCGUUCCUUGCGGACCAGCACCAUCCAAGGGCAGAGUUUAUGAGGGGCAUGUGGCUAGAGUUCGGCAAGUUUGGGCAGCGAAUGGACAAGCGGGAGGCAUUUAUGUCAUACAAGAGGGCAGCGGAAAGAGGCUAUGUAAGAGCAGAAUACCGGAUGGGGAUGCAGUAUGAGCAGUCGAACGAUGCCCAGAAGGCGCUCACACACUACAAGGCGGGAGCUGCCGCUGGAGAUUCCGCCUCGAAUUACCGACUCGGUAUGAUGACCCUGCUUGGACAGCAUGGCCAGCCGCAGGACUUUGGGAAAGGUGUGCAGCUCAUCAGGCAGUCCGCCGCCAACGCCGAUGAGAAUGCACCACAGGGCGCUUAUGUUCUAGGCAUGCUUCAAGCUCGAGAGUUGCCGCAGAUUCAAGUGCCAGAGAUCUUCCUGCCGUACGAUGAAAAGUCUGCGCGGGAGAACAUUGAGAGAGCCGCCUUCUUGGGGUUUGCCAAGGCGCAGCUGAAGAUGGGCUCGGCGCACGAGCUCUGCAUGCUCGGCUGUGAAUUUAGUCCUGAGCUGUCAUUACACUACAACGCUCUCGCUGCAAGACAAGGCGAGCCGGAAGCCGAGAUGGCUAUCAGCAAGUGGUUUCUUUGCGGCUACGAAGGUGUGUUUGAGAAGAACGAAGAGUUGGCAUAUACAUAUGCGCGGCGGGCCGCUCAGGCAGGUCUCCCUACGGCUGAGUUCGCCAUGGGAUAUUUCAACGAGAUUGGAAUGUACGUGCCGGUGAAUCUUGACAAGGCAAUGGAGUGGUACGAGAAGGCUGCAAGAUCAGGGAACAAGGACGCAGUGGGACGCAUUGAGGGAAUCUCGAAGCAGCGGACACUCUCCAAGAAGGACCAUGAACAGGUGGCCAUCUCCAAAAUCCGGUCACAGUAUGGCUCGAGGCGGGGAUCGAGGCCAGACCGAUUCAAGACUCCGGCACCGCCACUCCCAUCCAUACCCGACGGCGUCAACGAAUUCCCAAGUACCCCAGUUACUCAGAGCGUGCAGAUGCCGCAACCUUCUAUCACAUCUCCGGCUGGUUCCCGUCCGCCCCCUCGGCACGCGACAACAACUCCAUAUCCCAUGGAGGACAGGCCUCCAGCCAUACCACUGUUGGAGCGGCCGGCAACUGUCGCUCCAUAUCCUCUCGACAACGGCCCUCCUAACAUUGCAGGACGUUCCGGGCCUGCCGGUGGCUUCUUCAGACCGGAACUGCGAUCAGCUUCAGCCGCACCAAUGGGAAUGCGUCCACCCCCCGGCUCUGCGGCAUUCAAUAUCAACCCCAAUAUCUUAGCACAGCCUCCCCACGACAACCGACCGAUGCCCCCCGGUGGGCGGGUCAAUACGCCGCAGAGAGACCCACGGGACGGUUCAAUGCCACUGAGGCCGUUCACAACAGUCAGCAACGCGAGUGGUGGGCCGGGGUAUUUUCCGCAAGGGCGCAUCGCUUCCGGACCACCAACCGCGCCUGGCGGACCGCAAGGAUACCGUCAGCCCGGUGGACCGAGCGUUGAGCGUCCCGAACGCGUGGACAGCAUCCCGCCGCCCCAGUCCAAACCCUCAGAACCUCUUCGCGUUGACAUCGGCUUCUCUGCACCAGCAGACGAUAGAAGAGGCAGGCUGCAGAAACUCGGCAACCCGAACGUGAACAAGGCGCAACAAAGACAACCCGAUCUAGGUUUCCAAGCACCCAAGCAACCGCCUUCGCCGCUCUCAGCGCGGACGUCUCGUGUUCAGGGCCCCGUGGACAGACCCCCGACCACAAGACCUGUUGUGGAGAGACCUGGCUCCAGACCUAGCUCCAGACCGAGCUCCAGACCACCGUCGCGGCCGAGUUCGGCGGGUCAGGGUCAAGGCCAAGGUCAAGGUCCUAGGCAGGAGCAGAAGCCACAGCCGCAAGCGCAAGCGCAGGUCCCGGCGAAGACUCCAGCGAAGACAGACCCAGCGGCGGCGCCAAAGCCGGCGACACCUGCGGUGGCGAGGCCGCCGGGCACGGGGCCGAAAACGUUUGAUGAGAUGGGUGUUGGGAAGCAUAAGGAUGAGAGUGAUUGUAUUGUCAUGUGA